GCCUCGUACCGGGGCAAGCUGCACGAGGCGGAGGACAACAUGAACGUCGCGAUGAAGGAGGUGACGUGCACGGCGCGCGACGGCAAGCAGAGCCGGCUGGAGAGCAUCUACAUCCGCGGCAGCAUGAUCCGCUUCAUCGUCGUGCCCGACAUGCUGCAGCAGGCGCCGAUGUUCAAGCGUGUGGGCCCGAAUGCGAUGAAGGGCCGCGGCAUCGGCUCGGCGCGUGGCCGUGCGACGAUCCUGCGUGCGCAAUCGCGGCGCGGCCGGCCAGGCACGGGCGCGCGCCCGCAGGGCAUCCGCCGCUGAGCGGCGGCGUAUCGGCAUCGUCACACACUGCGCGCGAAUCUCAAAGUGAGAUGAUGAUGGGUAUGGGGUGACUGGUGGCAUAUGAAGGGGCAUGUCGUGAAGGGAAAGGGGAAGUCCAGGCGGUCGCCGCUGUAGCGCACUCUACGCGACGUCGGCGGCGACGUCGCCCUGCCGCGCCAGGCGAAUCAUGCGCUGCACGUCCUGC